CGCAACACAAUGAACACAUCCACUUGGGACAUGAGUUCUUCGUCAUCUUCAUCUGGCGACGAUGAACUCAUACUUGCAGCAUUCGCCGAGCGCGAGGAGGAAGAGAGGAAGAACGCUCGACGCCAUGGCGGUUCCAAGCAUGGACGUCAAUCAAUCGAUCGAGGAAGAGAUGCCGGAUUUCUUCUUCUCUGGAACGACUACUUCAAAGAAGUUCCUCGCUUUCCCGAACAUUUGUUUCGACGAAGAUUUAGGAUGUCGCGUACUUUGUUCAACCGCAUAGCUGAUGGUAUACUUGAGCAUGACUAUGAUGGUUAUUUUACGCAAAAAAGAAGUGCUUCUGGAGCUCUUGGGUUACAUCCUCUACAAAAGAUGACCGCGGCAACGCGGAUCCUCACAUAUGGAAUAGCAGCUGAUGGUGUUGAUGAGUACAUUCGGUCCGCUGAGGCUACUAAUUUAGAGUCUUGCAAGAAAUUUGUAAUCAAAGUUUGUGAAGUUUUUGGGGAAGAGUACCUGAGAUCUCCAAAUGAAGAAGACAUCGCUAGGUUACUUGCAAUAGGGGAGGAAAGAGGAUUUCCCGGUAUGUUAGGGAGCAUAGAUUGCAUUAUCAUUUCGUUCCGGCCAUGA